CGAUAUUUUCGCUGGGUUCGUCCUCCGUAGUUACAUAAAGAUGUUGCCGAUUACAUGAUUCCCAUGGAUGUUAAACAGUACAUAUCAUGGACAGCAACGAUUUGCCAGUUUGGACUUCUUUCAACAGGGAUACAAGUCUGUUUGAAAAUAAAACAACAGGGCAGUACAAAGAACAUAACUUUUUUCCCAUUCUUGUCAACAUGUUUAAGUUCCAUUCUUUGGACAAAGUAUGGCAUCCUAGUAGAUGACACUCCUAUUUACACCAUAGGAAUAUUAGGAAUGAUUACACAAUCUGCAUAUCUACUAUUUUAUUAUAUUAAUACAAGAGAUAAGAAGCUGCUAAUGCAGAGAUUAAUGUAUUCAUUUUUUGGAGUAUGUUCACUAUUGACUUAUGUUAAGUACUACAUUGCUGACUUUGAUACAGCUGUCUUCCAUCUUGGAUUCAUUGCAAGUGGUUUCACUGUAGCAGUAUAUGGCUCACCUCUGGCUUCUGUGGCUAAUGUGAUUAGACACAAGAGUACAGAAUUUAUGACAUUUUCCAUGUGUCUAGGAAACUUUGUUGUGGCUCUUCUUUGGGCAAUAUAUGGACAACUUGUCCAAGAUAAUUUUAUUUUGGUGCCCAAUGGUACAGGUGUUAUGUUGGGCUCAUUACAAUUGCUCCUUUUUGUUUUCUAUCCAAGCACUUCACAGAGGACAAUAACAUACAACAUGAGUUCAAAACCUGCUAGACAAGUUUGACCUGGAUUAAAGAUAGAAAGAUACAAAUAUAGAAGAAAAAUAUCCAAAUAAUUUAUUAAAAUUUUAUUUUAAGUGAAAAACCCUACAAAUUAAAUAUAUUAAUUUCAGCCUCUUGUUUAAAAAAAGAACCCUUAAUUAAAUUUAGUGAAAAGAAAAAAAAAUAAAGUUAUGUCGCUGAAACAUUUUGUUAGUGUUACUGCUUACUUCUUGAAGCAUGAUUUAGUUAUUAUUAAAUAAUAUGGUGAUGAAUGCAUGAAUUUUGAUUGGUUCUUACUUAUGAUCUGUAAGAGGAAAGACGCAUAGCUAUCGUCGCAGUAACGACAUUUUGCUUUUUUUAUUAAGUGAAACAAAUAUGUUGUCAUGAGUCUGUUCAGUAAUAGAUAUGGUGCCACUUUUUGGUUCUUACCAAAUUUUGAUGUCAUCUGUGAUCUUUUUUCUGAACAGACCCAUGGCAACUUGAUAUACUACUUAUGAUAUAUUACUUAUGAUAUAUUA